GGGGUGUGCGCGCCAGCCUGAGGGUGGAGCAGCAGCAGCAGCAAUAGCAGCAGCAGCGUGGCGUGCUGCGGAACACAAGUAGGUCGUUAAACGUCGUGCACGCCUCUGUGCGUGUGUGUUGCAGAUGCAGGUCGCUCCGUGAGACAGCGAGGCAGAAAAGGAGGAAGAGGAGGAGGAGGAGGAGGAGGAUGAGGAGAAGGAUGACAGGGGGAAUGGCGAAGUGGCGCGGACGUUAAGGACACACUCGCCACACUCGAGGACAGACGUGGAGUUUAAAAAAAAAAAAAAAUUUAAAGCAGGGCGUCAAUCAUGGAGGACUCGGAGCCCGCAGAGGACGGCUUGCUCGCGGGCUUGCGGUGGAACCGGAGCGCGCGGGACCAAGCUCAGCUCAAGCACAAAAUCCGGGACCUGCCGGGACUACUUAAGCACGGGCUGCACCUGCGGAAGAAGAGCCAAUCACCUGACACAAUCCCCGGACCAAGUGCUGGACCUACAGUACACAAGUCUUGCUCCCAGAGUUUUCCAUGUGCAGGCCGGGCUGUGAGAAAUGCCUUCCUCUCCCAUGGACCAUACCCAGCUAAAGACAAGAUACACCUGGCCAGAAUCAUACGGCGCAGCUAUGUGGGCGUGGAGCUGGUGCAGUGGCUGUGUGAGCAAUGUGUGUACGUGCGCUGUCGGACCACCGCCGCGCGGGUCUGGCAGGUGCUGCUGGAGCUGGGAGUCCUGCUGUCCGUGGACCAGCGAGUGGUCUUCUCCGACUCCAACACUUACUACCAGUUCAGUUUCGAAGAGUGUGACUCAACUUCCUGUGAGUUUCGUGCCAAUGAAGGGGAGUGGCCAGAGGCUGUUAGGCUCCUCCUCCAACUUGCUCCAUAUGUUCAAUUUCGCUCCGGAGAUAGAACCAACAGCCCGUCAGAGGAGGACUCUGAAGGAAACAGGGAUGUCUGCAGUGAGAUUCUCCAGAUGAAAGCACUGGAAAGGCUCACAUCCACAGUGCAAAAUGAGCUCGCAGCGGCUCUUGCCCGGAAGACACGCAAAGCUUUAUCAGAGGAGGACUCUGACAUGACGGAGACGAGGCAGCAGGCGAUUCGCUCGCCCAGCGCGGAGACCAGCCCGCUGGGCAGUGUUUGUGCUCUGCGGGACGCAGGCGGCGGAGGAGGAGGAGGAGGAGGUGGUGGCGGUAGUACAGGGACUGUGUGCGGCCGUGAAGAGCUGACCAGCCGGCUGGGCUUUGAGGCCGUUCAGCGUCUUGCCAAGGAUGGCUGCCGGUUGCUGCAGAACCACAACUACCGGCUUCCCGACAGGAAUCAGGCGGAGGGUGUUGGGAGGGUUUGCCUGAAGGAGCGAGGACGCGACGUGCUGGUGUUGCAGAGAGUGACGUCGUCGCUGACAUCGCCAUCAGAACGGCCCUCGCCCACAUCAUCAUUGGGCGGGUCUAGAGAGGAAGACAAAAGGUAUGUGGUGGUUUCUGGAACGCCGCUGAAGAUCCUGGAGCAUCUGCUAAGUGACCUGCGGCUAGAUGACCAAAGAGGGGUGCCGGAGUGCAGGGAGAGUGAAGUGCUGCUGGACGACUUCCUGUUGACCUACCUGGUGUUCAUGUCCACCCACGACCUCUGUCAAGCUCUGCUGGGACAUUAUAGCAGCGCACGCAGCAGGGGCCAGGAGGAGGGCAAGGACACCCUCUUCAGGAAGCGCAAGGUCCUGCAGCUGGUCUCCCACUGGAGCCGACUCUACAAGGACUUUCUCAAAGAAGAAGAGCAUGUUCGGGGCUUCAUGAAGACUCUUUACAGGUGUGUGUUAGAGGAUCUGUACGAGUUCCCUACGCUGGAGAAAGACCUCAAAGAGUUCCAGAAGCUUCUGCGUCGCAGACACACAGUGGAUGACUGUCCUCCAAACCAAAAGAGCAAGCAAAUGCACCCGCAGUUGAGUCUGAAGGAGAACUGUUUGCAUCUCCGAAGUCCGCAAUCUGAGACGAGAGAAGUUAUUUGCUGCGUGUACGUGAGCACCGACUCCUACCUGAGUGUCCACACGCAUCCCUCGCUGGAGGCUCAUGAGCUGCUAAGAAUUGUUGGACUGAAGAUGGACAAGUCAGAUGAGGACACGGUGCUUGCUGUGGUGUCUCACACUGGAGAGCGGAGGAUGCUGCAGCCCAGCGACUGUGUGUAUUCAGAGUCUCUGACCCCACAGGGCAAGCUGGUAGCCUGUCGCAGGGACCUCACUGAGAUGUUGCCUCCUUUAACAGACAGCGCUGAGCUCAGCAGGAGGCCUGUGCGCCUUUUGGGAAUCAACACGUGGGACGUGGCAGCAGCUCUCACGCACCUAGACUGGAGCCUCUUCAAAUCCAUCCAUGAGCAAGAGCUGGUGUACUACACCCUCAGCCGCGUUCCCGGCAGCGGCCACACAGCAGCGCUCUCAGUCUUGCUGCAGCGCUGCAACGAGGUCCAGCAGUGGGUCAUGUCCGAGGUUCUCAUGUGCGUGUCGCUCAACAAGAGAGUGCAGCUGCUCAAGAAGUUCAUCAAGAUCGCAGCGCACUGCAAAGCUCAAAGGAAUUUGAACUCUGCAUUUGCCAUCAUCAUGGGUCUCAACACAGCGGCAGUCAGCCGGCUCAACCAAACCUGGGAGAAAUGUCCCGGCAAGUUUAAGAAGCUUUUCUCAGAGUUGGAGCUGAUCACGGAUCCAUCGCUGAACCACAAAGCCUACAGAGAAGCUUUCAAGAGAAUGAAGCCUCCAAAGAUCCCUUUCAUGCCUCUUCUCCUGAAAGAUAUCACCUUUAUCCACGAGGGCAACAAGACCUUCCAUGAUAACCUGGUCAACUUUGAGAAGUUGCAUAUGAUCGCAGACACAGUUCGAAUGAUUCGACACUGCCAGAGCGACCACCCUGGCAACGAGGUCAUCGGGGUCGACAGCGCAGAGUUGAGGGCGAGCGUUCACUACCUGCACAUCAUCGACAAUCAGCAGACGCUCUUUGAGCUGUCCCACAAGCUGGAGCCUCGGGCCUAACGACGCACGACGCCCAUCCAGGAGCUGGCCACUGCUGCGGUAAACACAAGCACUGAUUAUUGUCUGCGACACGUGAGGACGCCAACGAACAAGCAGCGGGGGUGCCAAGUCUAGCACAAGGUGCCAUAUUUUUUGGGGGGGUGGGCGGACAUGUAGACACAGCGCUCGCCUCUAAAGGACGCACAGACUGACUAGAGAAGGGUGUACUGAUGUUGUACAGUAUCUAUUGGACAAAAUAUGUCUUUGCUUUGCUUUUUGUGAUUAGCUUUUUGGUUAUUUAUGAGCCUGUCAAGCAGGUGGAAUGUUCCUUUUAUUUGCGAUGGCCUCAUCAUUUCAGUCACAAGAAAAAGAAAAAAAAAAAAGCCUAUUGAAGAUUUUGAUGUGCUACAUCAUGAUGUCGUCGUUAUAUUUUACUACAUGUGUACUCAAAACAAGCCGGCCUGAUUCUCCACGUCACAGCUGCUAAGUAAACCAUGUUUAUUUUUUGUCAUUACUUGUGUGGUCGAUGAUGUAACACGAAAGACAAAACAGUGUUGAGGUGUUCUUGACACAUACCUCUGCUUUUACUGUAUGCUUUUUGUCACUACUAUGAACACAGGCAGUGCCACUUUGAAUAGCAUACUGAAAGAAUUAAGAGACUGACAAUGCUGGUUGUUCAUCAUGCACUAAUUAGGAUGCGUUUGUGUGACUAGAUUGUGACAAUUAAGUGUAGAUUUACCAUGUAUGGACCUCUACAUCGGUUCUGCAGCACAAAUGCACUCCAAGGUUAUUCUCUCGUUGUGUUGGUCAUUUCUUUCCACAAGCAGCUGAAAAAAAGCAAGUCUGAGUCAUUUCCCAAUUCUUAGAGCUGAUUUGAAGGUGUGUGCUUUGGGUCGCUAUGAAAACAGCCUAAUUCAUGACAUUUCCCCCCCCUUUUAUUUGUCAUCUUGGAGGUGCAGACAGUUACAUUUAAACCUUAGCACAUCCUUGUGAGAUUGGUUCAAUUUCAGUCUCAUCAGCAGAAACAUUUAAAAAGCAGACAUUUUUGCAAACAUUGUUGGGAAUAUCUAAUGAGAUCCAAUACAAGAACAGUAUUGAAACAUUUACUGCCAUUACAAAGAUAAUUACGCACAUUUUGAAAUCUAUAGUGCAUAUUUUAUCAUUUUGUUUUGCAGUAUACUACAAUGAAUACCUCUCUGAUUGAAAAGUAUAUGUUAAUAUUACGUUUUCGGAUACGACUCUUGCAUUGGAUCGCAUCAGACUGUGAUUCUGUACCUAAAAAAAGAUUAAAACGCAUGGGAGGGCUGCCGUUAUGCAAUCUUUCAUGUGGGAAAUGUCCCUUAGAAACGAUGUUAGUGCCAAAUAAUAGUUGCCAGAAGCGACGUGACUUCACACGGGAUGCUGUGAAGGAGGACGAAGCCGUGUUGCCAACACUGUUACGGUUAUUCACAACUGUAUAUAAACCAUGCAGCAUUAUACGGGAAACAUUAACAAACAACUUUCCGAUGCUGUGCUGUUGUGUUUGUCCAGACUGUGAGGCUUGAUAAACCACACACACUCCAGUUGUGCUAUUAGUUUUGUUCUUCUAGUAUCCUAUUGACUUCAUGGAGUGGUCAAAUGAGGUUCGACAAUGUGGAAAAUGACUUCAUGGGAGAGGUGUUGCCAGGUAGUCUUGAGGAACAAAUUUACAGGUGAUCAGGUGAUGCUUAUCUCCUGGAGACAUUUGAGGAUUUAUUUAGUGUUUUUAAGAGUCAUGACUGUGGAAGUUCUCCUGUUUGCAUGAUACAAAAAAGGACAAUGCAAGAGAGCAUGUUGAAGGCUUUGUACUUAUGUAAUAUGUGUAAAUAUAUGCCUAUGUACUGUUCUUAUUUAUUUGUUGCAAAGGGGGCGGGGAGGAAGAAAAAAGUAAACCACUAAGCAAUAUGUUCAUGUCCACUCAAUGUCUUUUCUAUAGAGCUGUUUUACUAUGUGGAACAUUUGAACUGAAAUGAAUAAAUUAUAGC